GAUGACUAAGCAAUUCCUGUUAGUCAAUGUACCUGCCCUGAAUGAUGUCUUGAUUGUUAGCGAGGAGUGGGUGCUUGGAAAGGUCUUGACGCUCCCAAAGUCGUAUUCGUGUGCAGAUGUCAGGGGACAUGCAGAGGUUGAUGAAGGUUCCACGCCUUACAAGUUCAAUCUUUUGGCACAAUUCAAUGAUUUCGAGCAGGCAGUUACAUUGAAAACUUUUAUUGAAGGUUCACAAACAAGAAAUAUGGACUCCUCAUCUGAGGAUACUGAGCCUGCAAGCCAAGGCAGGGUAAACCGGUAAGCUAUGAUUCCUGACUGAUCUUCCCAGUGUUACCAAACCAACAAAAAAAGUUUUGGAGAACGCUGCUCCCUUGAACUACCCAUCUCGGUUGUUGGCUGACCCACAAUUUCAGUUGGAGACACCUGCUUUCCGAAAGCCAUCCACUGUGGCAAUAAAUGAGAGUUUGUUGUGUGUUCCUUCAACUUCAAAAGCCAACAUUCCUGUCCCCAUGGACAUGUGCACGAAGAAUGAGAAGUCAGGUGCUUGCACAUGUGGUUGUUUGGAAGAGCUAAGGGCUUUACGGUCAAGCCAAUCCUCCUUCCAGUCACAAGUGGAGUCACGUUUCUCAGCACUUGAGGCUAAACUCUCGCAACUGAAAGUGGUCGACAGCAUGGACAGCAAUAUCUCCUGUAUCAAUGCUGUUCAGGCUUUGAAGACUUGUGGCAGAUGGCAGUU